AUGCUUUAGGAAGGGUUAAGAAACUUCAAGGAACUUCGAGCCAAAUUUCAAAAGCUUGAUGUGCCAUCUCUUCCAGGACCUAUUAAAUUCUCAGCAGGCGUUCCUCAAAAGGGUGACAUUGGAAACACACAAUCAAGAAUUUUGGCCAAUGGGAAACCCCUCUCGUCCAACCAAAAUCCGCUCCCACCAUGCUGUUCUAGUGCAGAACCCCAGCUUCGAAAACCCCAGGAAACAAAGUUAGCCCAGAGGAGUGAGAUUCAGAAGUGUUCGAAUUCCCCAGGACCUCCGGAAAGGUCUCCUGGUUCUGCAGUAAAUUCCCAGAAAACUUCUCUACUGUUAGACAUGAGUCCGUUGAAUGCCGAGAUAACCAACAAGAGGAGAGUCAUGGUGAAGGAGAGCUUCAAAGAUAAGCUCUGGAACUGGGAGAAGGUUUCCUCUCAGAAGAGUGAAUUGUCUUCAGCCUCUCUCCUUGCCAGUUGCGCACGCAAGGCCUUCCAUCCGGAGGAGCAGAUAAGCAGAGGGCUUCCUCCAAAGGAACCCAGGAGAAAGCUGGAAAUAAAAGGACCGCAGACCCUGCCUUCCCAGAGGCACUUGAUGGCCCAAAGAGAAUCACUUGCCUCUCCUGAAGAUCCCACUUUGCUACUUGUUCAACAUGGCAGGAAGAGCCUAGAAAACCCUCUUCCUGAGAGGAGCCCAGGGAGGGGCUCCUGCCAGCCUAUCUAUGAGAGUGAACUUGCCAGCCAGGCCCCAGAGAAACAGCCAGUUGAUAGGCAUCACCAACUUCUCAAAACGAAACCACUGCCUUCCAUCAAGUCCCUGGGUCCUCCUCCCCCAAAGCCUCCGAAGCCCCCAUUCGUGAACCUCCAGGCCUUCCAGAGGCAGGCAGCUGCAAUUUCCAAGGUCCACAGGGAAGCAGCCGUGGAAGAGACCUGCCUGCCUCCAGAGAGGCUACAGAAUGCUGAAAUUGAAGAACCACAUAAUUAUGAGGCAACAAUUUCAUAUCUGAAACACUCUGGCAACUCCAUUAACCUGUGCACCGCAAAAGGAAUUGCUGAUUCAACUUACGAAGUCGAAACUGAAGAACCCCGAAAGGAGGGAGAAGCUGGCCCUCACCCAUUCCCGGCCCAUGAAGAUGAAGAUAAAAAGGAGAAGGAAAAAGAGCCAUGUGAAUUGGAACCUCAAAAACCAGAAAAGGAUCUACCUUCAAGCCAUCUCUUCAAGGUAUCAGUGUUCUAGGGAAUGCGGGGAAGAAAGCAGGUGAUGAAAGUCCUCGGAGGCAGCAGGAGCAUGCUGCCCAGGAAGCAGGGCGCUGUGAGUGACGCUGUCCAGACAAAGGCCUGGCCCCAAGACCCGAAGCUGGCCAGGCACUCCCUACGCCACUGUGGGUAUGUGGAGGCCUUGGAGGUCACCACAGAAGCGCCAGGCAGGGGGGCCUGUAAGCCUCACUCCAUCUCAGAGGAGACCUAUGAUGAUGUUGAGUACCCCGGGAGAGUGGGACCACAGUCGGACCUCUCUAACUCAUUUGCUUCCGAUGAUGAAAAUAGUGAAGAAGCAUAUGAAGAGGUCUAUAAAACAAAGAGCAACUACCCAAAGAUAGAUUUAGAUGGAAAAGAAGCACUUAAAAGACUGCGGAAAUUCUUCAAGAAAGAAAAGGAUAGGUUUAAAAUGAAGAAAAACAAGUUGAAAGAAAACGUAAGUGCAUUUUCAAUUUCGAUGCCUGAUUUAGAACUUAGGUCUCAGGAAGUUAUUAUCUAUGAUAAUGUGGACAUAAAUGAAAAAGAGUCAAGAGAGGAAGAUAAACUAAAAACUUGGAAACCCAAGUUUUUGAUGGCAAAGGAAAAAAAAGAGAGAAAAGGUGCUGAAGAAUCAGAAAGUUUAUCUCCUAGAAAUUUCUUCAGAACCAAGAAGCAAAACUUAGAAAAGAUGAGAAUAGAAAAAGAAGAAAAAUGUUUUAGAGAACAAUUUAAGUAUGACAAAGAGAUUACUGUCAUCAACACAGCAGUGGCAUGUUCCAGUAAUGCAAGAAAUGGAAUAUUCGAUUUGCCAAUAACCCCUGGAGAAGAACUGCAAGUCAUUGAUACCACUGAAGAAAAUCUAGUGAUUUGUCGCAAUUCCAAAGGCAAAUAUGGAUAUGUACUAAUUGAACAUCUAGAUUUCAAGUAA